AUGAAGUCGCAACACGAGAUCAUGGUAGCUACGGAAAAAUCCCAUGACGAUAUAUGCAACGUCCAAGUUAGAGGUUCUCUUUAUAAAGCGAUUAAUUAUGCUUUGCAACACUCGCUAGAGUAUGCUCCGGGAUUGAUUUUCAAAAAGUUUCACACUAGCACUCGCGAUGGAGGAGACGUAGGCACUAUUCGAAGUCUCACCACCGAUAAUGAGAGAACCCAACCCGUGCUGAUCCCCGCAAUCAAAUCUAUGGAGAUGUCAACGAUGAGCUCAAAGGGUGCCACCCUCGGUUCCUCACUCAAUCGGUCUCAGUCAACCGAUCAGGCCAUCACCAACUUCGACGUGGUCAACAAAAACCUAAAAAUGCCUUGCUUAUCCAUGAAAGUCCACAAAAGGAAAGCCGACUUCUUUGGCAGACAGGACAUUCUCGACUUGAUCGAUAAGAACCUACUGCUGGAGAAUAGGAGAAAUGUCACUUUUAGUGAAGGCUUCCUCCGGUCUUUUGCCCUCUGUGGCAUGGGUGGUAUUGGCAAAACACAAAUUGCGGUAGAGUACGCAUAUUCGAGGAUGUCAAAAUACGACGCCAUCUUCUUCAUAACUGCAGAUGGUAAGACGGUCCUUUCUGAAGAGUUUGCACGCAUUGCAGUGCAAUUGGGCUUGGAGGAUCAAAGUGAAGCCAACGAUAUCACAGUUUCGCGUGAAAUUCCAGAAAACGAGGCAUCCUGGCUCCUAAUCUUCGAUAACGUUGACGAUCUCGAUGUAUUGGAUGACUUCUGGCCGACGACGGGCUCGGGCGCCGUGCUUCUCACGAGUCGUGAUUCUCUAGCGAAGAAUCAAAUUCACACUGCGAACAACGGCAUCGACCUCCAACCAUUUUCGGCUGAAGACGCUAUCCAGUUCCUGAAAACCCUCAGUCGAGGCCCUCUUCAACCCACUCAAGAAAAGUAUGCGGCGGAGUUGGCGGAUAGGCUUGGAGGUCUGCCACUCCUCAUCACCCAAAUGGCUGGUGUCAUGGCUCGCUUGCGGCUCUCCUAUUCCGAGUUCAUCGAGUUGUACAACGCAAGUGGUAUCGAGCAGAUCAGCAUGACGGGUUCGAAUAUGUCGACUCCGCAACGAGUGUACUGGAUAUCCUACAAAUUAGGCUUCGACGGACUUGCACCUACAAGUUUUGGAUUGUUAAGCUUGAUCGCCAUGCUAAAUCCAAAUCGAAUACCUGAAUUCAUAUUGACGGAUGCUUGCUCGAAAGAUUCGAAGAUAUCCCUGGAGCACUUUCCCAAGACUCUGCAACAGUACUAUGAAGCUAGGGCUCAGCUUCUUCAGACAUCACUCAUCAACCAGAACUCGGAAACGGGUGAUGUCUGGGUCCAUCGUAUUGUUCAAGAUGUGACGAACGGGAAGCUAAUCCAACAUCGGCUCGUCGACAUCUACAACCUGGCAGUCUAUGCGGAGCUGGCUACCGCCACACUUUUCAGCGAUGCUGGAUGGUAUCGAUUCGAAAGAGGCUUUCAAGAAGAGUCGAAGGAAUGGUUUGAAUUGGUACAGGAGAUCUGUGAUGGCUUAGAAGACAAGUCGUCAGAAGACGUGAAGUACAUGAUCCGUGAUACCCAUCACCAUCUAGGAACAGCCUCUGGAGAGACAAACGACACGGGACGCUUCCUCAAGCACUCCGGGAUCUGGCCAGAGAUGCUUCUGGAGAGGAAGACCCCUGACGGUGAACUCGUGGUUGACUACGAAUUGGGCAUGGGCUACAAUGAGCACGGCAAUUCACAAGCCAUGCAUAGCACGGCCAACAAAGGACUCAUCCACUGGAUUCUGGGCGAUUAUGAAGCCGCAGAACACACUUUCAUUGAUAUUAUCGUUGUUUUCCGCAGGGCUAAUGGCGUUGAUGAUAUUCUCUCCUUCAAAACCGGGAAGAUGCUCUAUGGUCUGGGCAACGUCUAUGUCAGCCAAGGAAAGUUCGAGAAAGGACUUAAAUACUAUAUUCGUUGCUUGAAACAAUAUCGUGCCACACUCGGCGAUAGACACCACCGAAUCGGAGACAUCUGUCACAGAUUGGCAGAUGACAAUCUCCGUUUCAAGAAUUAUGCCGAAGCCUAUGCUCAUCAACCAAGCCCUAAAGAACUUGCUCGAUCAACCUACAAGGCAUCACAGGUGUCUUUUGGAUCCGUGAACACUAGCAAAGCGGAGUCGGAGCUUCGAGAUGCUUUUCAUUUUCUUCAAGCUUUAGUUCCAGAUGAUGACCGCGGCAUGGAUGAACUCACAGAGGAGGACUACGACAACCUUGUCGUGUUCUGGUCGAGAUGA